ACUCGGUGCCCGCUGUCGUGCCAGAUGACCCGGUGCCCGCUGUCGUGCCAGAUGACUCGGUGCCUGCUGUCGAGCUUGGUGACUCGGUGCCCGCUGUCGAGCUUGGUGACUCGGUGCCCGCUGUCGAGCCAGAUGACUCGGUGCCCGCUGUCGAGCCAGAUGACUCGGUGCCCGUUGUCAUGCCAGGUGACUCGGUGCCCGCUGUCGUGCCAGGUGACUCGGUGCCUGCUGUCGUGCCUGGUGACUCGGUGCCCGCUGUCGAGCUUGAUGACUCGGUGCCCGCUGUCGUGCCAGAUGGCCCGGUGCCCGCUGCUCCACCUGAUGGCCGGUGCCCGCUGCUCCGCCUGAUGUGCCUCUGUCCGCUGCCCAGCCUGAUGUGCCUCCGUCCGCUGCCCAGCCUGAUGUGCCUCCGUCCGCUGCCCAGCCUGAUGUGCCUCCAUCCGCUGCCCAGCC